GUACUGGCAGGUCUUCCUUGCGCAGGCGAUCACCAUGGGCCUGGGAUUCGGCUGUCUCUACGUGCCAGCCCCGGCUGUUGUGUCGCAGUACUUCAACAAGAGCACUGCGCUGGCCAUGGGGGCGUCUUCGGCUGGCAGUGCCAUCGGCGGAAUAAUAUAUCCUAUUAUCUUCAGCCGUCUUCAGCCCAAGAUCGGGUUCCCCUGGGCUACUCGUGUGAUCGGGUUUAUCAUUCUGGCAACCCAGCUGUUACCUGUCUUUCUGAUGAAGCCCCGGUCUGUCCCAACCAAAAGCGCAAAGUACAACGUGGUAGACAUGACCGCGUUUAGAGACAGUCCCUACAUGCUGCUCAAUCUGGGUCUCAUCUUCGGCUUCACGGGUCUUUACAUCAUCUUUUACUAUAUCCAGCUAUACUCGCUCGAGGAGACGCACAUCUCACACGCCCUCGAGUCAUAUCUCCUGGUGAUUAUCAACGGGAGCUCUCUGGCAGGACGAUUGAUACCUGGGUUUUAUGCUGACAGAAUAGGGUCCAUUAACGUGCAAACGAUCGUCGCAUUUAUCAGCGCCCUGUUGACAUUUUGCCUCAUUGCAAUCAAAAGUGCAGCCGGACUGGUCGUUUUCUGCAUUAUCUAUGGAUUCUCUGCCGGUGCGUUCAUGGGGUUACCUGCUGCAGGGGUUGUGAAUCUCUCUGCAGACAAGAGCAAGAUAGGCACCCGACUAGGGAUGACAUUGGCCGUUGUAGGAUGCGGCGUACUCGUAGGCAAUCCUAUUGCCGGCGCCAUUCUCAAUGGACGCGGGGGCUGGGUUGGACUUAUUUGCUGGUGUGGAGCUCUACUUACGGCUUCAGUCAUUAGUAUGGCUGCAAGCAGGGUCUCAAAGGUUGGUUUUGGCCUCGGGCGAGCAAUAUAA